CUAAUGUUACUCCUCUUAUCACUAAUGAAAAACUAUUUACGAAUAAACAAUUAUCAGUGAUUAGAUUUCUGCGCGGCACCAGGAAAAAUUAUGAACUUGGGGAAGCCAGAAUUCAAUUCAGAUUGGAAUGAACAUAAUGAAAUGAUUGGUGAAGUUGAUGAUACCUAUGAAACUGAGGAGCCUAAACAAGAAUGGAGGCAUUCCCUUGAAAGGGCACAUUAUUAUAAAAUAGUGAAAUUCUGUGUGAAUGAUUUACAGGAAUCAUUGAAGCAGGAUGACCACUUCCUUGUUAGAAAAACUCCGUUUGUGUAUGUUCACAUAUGUGGGACAAUUUUAUCAAAAAAUGUUAGCAAAUCAAAGGUUUUCAUGGAAGUUAAUGAUGGCACAGGUUCCAUUGAAUGUUCACUAGAAGAUAAUUAUUUCAAUUUAUCUGGAUCAAUAAGUGAUAGAAAUAAUAUGCAGGAUCAUCUUCAAAAACAGUCUGAGAACAAUAUUGUUUUGCAAGGUGUUAUGGUACUUUACUCUGCUCUGAGGAAUUUAGACAAAGUUAUUCCUAAAGAUGAGCAGGAUUUAAAAAUUGGUGAUUUGGUGUCCCUUGAAGGAAAGCUGUCUAAACACAAUGGAGUAUUUCACGUAUUUGUUGAAAAAGUCAUCAGAAGGAAUGUUAGUGAUUUUAUUGAGCAUCUGGUACGUCAGAAAUUAUUUUAUCAAAAUCUAUUUGAGGCAGAUCAGAGCGGAUCAGAUGCUGCUCAAAUAAUCUGAACAUGAAAAAAUUGCAGGAAAGUACAAGGAUGUAGGAUGUAUUACAAUAACAAAAUAUACUGCUUCAAUAA